GUCCUACCGGAUCUCGACGGACUGCCACUGCGCUUGCGCAAACCGACGCCAUUUUCUCCCGAAGGAUGAUGGGAGAUUUUAAUACGUUGAACCACUGCUCCGGAAGCGCUCUAUCUGGACCUAUUCGGGACAUGCCGUUCUUUUGUAUUCCCUUCUCCCAACCAAACGAGCUCCUUCAAAGUAUUCUUAUCGGAUGCGACAAAAUAAUCCUGACCGAAGGCGAACGACGUGGAAGAUGAGGUGAGGAAAUCCAGGCCACGAAGAUCAACUGUUGAACUGUAAAAAGAAAAAGAUGUAUCCCGCAGACGCCACCAUUAAAGAGCUUCACCCUCAGAAGGACAAUCCCCUCCACGUUAAACAGAAGGAAUCGGAGAUGCCGUACAUUAAACAGGAGGAGAAGCCCGAGAUCCCCAGCAUUAAAGAAGAAGAAGAGGAAAAUGAAAUCACUAUGUGGCCAAUGACUGUCAUUGUGAAGAGUGAAGAAGAUGAAGGUCCAAGCGAAGAGAGCGGAGAAGAGGAACAUUGGAGCAACAGCUCAUUUCAACACCCGACAACAAAAGGAGAGGGACAAUCACAACCUGACGGUUUGUUAGCGCCGCUCUCAGACAGUGACGACGUAACUUCACACUCUUCUGAUUUUCACACUGAUGAGGAGGAUAAAGACUUUGACCAAAAUGCUUUAAUAUCCUUAAACCAUUCCGCUUUGAUGAGAGGCACAAAAGCGGUUGGGAGACCUUUUACCUGCUCACUUUGUGAUAAAACAUAUACUCUGAAAAAACACUUACAAAGACACAUGUAUAAACACACCGGGGAGAUGCCUUUCGCCUGCUCAUUUUGCGAUAAAAGAUUCGCUGAGAAGUCAUAUUUAAACACUCACAUAAGAACCCACACUGGAGAGAAGCCUUUUCAAUGCACAUUUUGUGGUAAACAGUUCACUAAUAAGGGAUCUUUAAACAAACACAUCAAGACACACACUGGAGAGAAGCCUUUUGUCUGCACGUCUUGUGGUAAACAAUUCACAUAUCAGGGAUCUUUAAACAAACACACAAGGACACACACCGGAGAGAAGCCUUUUGUUUGCACAUCUUGUGGUAAACAAUUCACUUGUAAGGGAUCUUUAAACAAACACACAUUCACACACACUGGAGAAAAGCCUUUUGUCUGCACAAGUUGUGGUAAAGGAUUCAUUGAGAAAAGAGAUUUUAGCAAUCACAUAAGAAGACACACUGGAGAGAAGCCUUUUCCCUGCUCAGUUUGCAAUAAACGAUUCUCUCAGAAAGUACUACUAAACUCUCACAUUAAAACACACACCGGAGAGAGGAAUUUUGCGUGCUCAGUUUGUGAUAAAAGAUACUUCAGUAAGUCACAGUUAAACAGACACACACAUACACACACUGGAGAGAAGCCUUUUCAAUGCACAUCUUGUGGUAAACGAUUCACCGAGAAGGCACAUUUAAACAGACACACACUCACACACACUGGAGAAAAGCCUUACGUCUGCACAUCUUGCGGUAAACGAUUCACCGAGAAGGAACAUUUAAACAGACACACACUCACACACGCUGGAUAAAGGCUUUUGUCUGCACAAGUUGUGGUAAAGGAUUCAUUGAGAAAAGUGAUUGUAGCAAUCACACAAGAACGCACACUGGAGAGAAGCCUUUUGCCUGCUCUCGCUGCGAUAAAAGAUUUUGUACGAAGCUUGAGUUAACAAGACCCACACGUACACACACUGGAGAGAAGCCUUUUGCUUGCUCUCUUGGCUUUGUGGGUGAAACAUGGUCAUACAACAAGGGUCGCGAUGCAGAAAUCGCAGACAUCAAGGAGCGGUCGAGAUUUUCUUUUCAUAUAUUUACCUUUUAAAAUGUUUUUUUUCACCAUUUUUCUUUGUUUGGAUCGAUUAUUUAUCAACUAACAUAUCUGGAAAAAAUGCGACCAGAAACAAAAAAACAAAAAAAACAAUUAAGCGAUAGUUGAGUAAAUAUCCGAGACUUUUUAGACACCAUUUUUUUCAUUGUGACGUAAUUUGUUUAAAGUGAUCCUGUACCUUAAAUACAUGUAGGCUCUAUUUAACCACAAUUGUUCUCUUGUACUAAAAUAUGUUGUUAGAAACACAUGAAAUGUUAAAUUAAUGGCAAUAUUUUAUAAUAUUUAGUUUUAGUACAUAUUUUACCGUUAGUUGGCGCCAUGCUUUGCGGGCUCGCAGUGAUGACGUAAAUGGGAUCUUUCCAAAUGUGUAGCGUGUAAAAUGCCACGAUGUGCUGCUUUUGGAUGCAAUUUCCAGUCAAAUGGAAACAAGGUGGAAUUAUUAUUUCUAGUGAAUAAAUGUGCAUAGGUGGAAGCUUCUCCCCCUUUUUGGUCCCUGUAUGCACGUAUCCUAUUCACGCCCGAACAUUUUUCCUGUAUCCUCAGUCAAGUAAGGGAUCAGUCUAUUUUCUGGAUCCGACUGUCCCACCGCGUCUGCAAUAUUGGUUUCAGAUCUAUUUUUUUGAUUCGUCAGUCCCACAGCGGCUUUCGGAUUAAUCCAUUUUGUGGAUUAAUGGUUUGCCAUGGCAUCGGUCUAAUUCCUGGAUCUUUGAGUGAGUAAAACACACGGAUUUGGAUUACUAUUGCUAUCUUUUUUGUUGACUAUUUUUUGUGGGAGUUUUCCCCAAAUCAUAUAUCAAAUAAUUAAAGCACCAUAGCACGCUACAGUGACGACAGUGACUCUGACAUGGACCUUACAACAAUGUUGGAGUUCGUCAGGGAACGCGUGUUUGCGUACUGCUGAGCUCCCGAGUGAAGAGUGGUCAAUGUGGGAAUAUUUUUUUGUGAAUAAAUGUGGAUAAGUGGAAGCUUCUCCCCUUUUCGGUACUUUUAUACAAGUAUCCUACCUACCACGCGUUACAAUCUGCAAGACAUGGAUUACAUGGAUGGUGUGCUCUUUGGCCUGUACUGUAUGUAAAGCACACGACAGCUCUGGAUGCUAACAAUCUACAUAAUUAUAUUGGGAUAAGUUUGAAAACGCAAUAUGCUUACCUUGAAUAUCUGCUAAUAAAACCGGAGUUCCCAACAGCAUACACUCUCUCGCUCCAUUGUCAUUGAGAAGCAGUUGCCGCGAGUGCAUCACCAGUUUUGCCCAACUUUUGCCUUAUCAGGUAUCUGCUGAACCGCAUUUUGCCCUGCUGCUCGUCUUGUGAACAACCGACUGCUGUCCUGCUCUUCACUUUUCAGAUCUUGUUCAAAUGGGAAGGGCAGAACCGACAUGUUGGGAAGGCUAACGAGUGACACGCUGGAAGUGCGGUAAGGGCCCGGUGACGUCACGCACUGUGAUGUAACAAGAAUGGCGACCUAUCACUUAAAAUAAUUUUACAAACUUCAUUAAAACGAAAACAUUAAGAGGGGUUUUAAUUUCAAAUUAUUAUAACUCAUACUAAUAUUUAUCUUUUAAGAAUUACUUGGCUUAAAGAUCGAGGAUCACUUUAAAAGAUUUUGUACGAAGCAAACGUUAACAAAACACAUGCGAACACACACCGGGUGAAAAGGCUUUUCUCUGCACACUAUGUGGUUAAAGAUUUACCCGGAAGGAAGAUGAAAACAAUCACUCAAAAAGACACACCUAAUUUAGUUACGACUUAUUGCGUUUCACAAUUUGACUUCCGAUUGUCAACAAUACUUUGAUGCUUCUUUUUUUUUUGUCUGUCCAAUUUCCAAACUUUAUCUGAAAAGUUUCAGGGUAAUAUUUUAAAAUUUGUUUUGUGCAUUGUAAUCAUUUGAUCUGCUUCAUUGUGGAAGGACUGGACCUUUUUAUUUUUACUAUCAAAUAUUUUUCUUUAUUACUGACUUACUUCCUAAACUGUUUUUAGUAUUCUGUUCUGUAAAUAUGGGUUGUAAUAUACUGAGCAUGUGCCGAUUACCAGUUUGAAGGUAUACCGUGGUAUGAAAAUGUCAAGGUUUCAAAACUGCAAAAAUUUUCUAUCAAACAGUCCGAAGGAUUAGCAUUUUUUAGGGCUGUCAAAAUUAUCGCGUUAACGGGCGUUAAUUUUUUUAAUUAAUCACAUUAAAAUAUUUGACGCAAUUAACGCAGAUGCCCCGCUCAGACAAAUUUAAAUGACAGUACAGUGAAACGCUCACUUUUUGUGUUUUAUGGAGUUUUGCCGCCCUCUGCUGGUGCUUGGGUGCGACUGAUUUUAUAGGCUUCAGCACCCAUGAGCAUUGUGUAAGUAAUUAUUGAAAUCAACAAUGGCGGGCUACUAGUUUAUUUUUUGAUUGAAAAUUUUACAAAUUUUAUUAUAGCGAAAGCAUUAAGAGGGGUUUUAAUAUAAAAUUUCUAUAACUUGUACUAUCAUUUAUCUUUUAAGAACUACAAGUCUUUCUAUCCACGGAUCGCUUUAACAGAAUGUUAAUAAUGUUAAUGCCAUCUUGUUGAUUUAUUGUUAUAAUAAACAAAUACAGUCCUUAUGUACUGUAUGUUGAAUGUAUACUGUAUAUCCAUCUUGUCUUUCCAUUCCAACAAUAAUUUACAGAAAAAUUUGGCUAUUUUUAUAGAUGGUUUGAAUUGCGAUUAAUUGCGAUUAAUUACAAUUAAUUAAUUUUUAAGAUGUAAUUAACUCAAUUAAAAAUUUUAAUCGUAUGACAGCCCUACAUUUUUUAUGUCCCAAAAAUACAUACAGAAAUCCCUCGCUUGCAGCUUUAAGGCUCAACCCUCCCCCACCAAUUGUUGCUCCGUGUCAGUGAGUCACUUAUGCUACACAAUGGCUGGAGGAGGUGAAACUACUGAACUUUUUCCCCCAUCGAAGAAAACGAAAUCGCUGGUAUAGGAAUACUUUGGCUACAGAGUAACUUUUCUGAAGGCAAAGGUGCCUGUGAGGCCCCAUCGACAUGUUAAACAUGUUUGCGUAGGGUGACUGCCAAGGAGGCAAUACCUCCAAAUAUGAUUUUGCAUUUAUACUGGGGCUGUCAAACGAUUAAAAAUUUUAAUCGAGUUAAUCACAGCUUAAAAAUUAAUCUUAUUUAAUCACAAUUCAAACCAUCUCUAAAAUACGCCAUAUUUUUCUUUAAAUUAUUUUUGGAAUGGAAAGAUAAGACACAAUAUGGAUAUAUAUAUAUAUAUUCAACAUGCAUGUACAUAAAUACUGUAUUUGUUGAUUAUAACAAUAAAUCCACAAGACGGCAUUAACUUCAAUGUGUUCAACAGAAAGAAUGUUUUCUUUUUCUCUGCAAAAACAAACACACAACAGGGCCUUAGAACAGUAACAGAAACAGUGGUAUUUAGAAUGUGUGCAAAGUGUGUGUAGUGUACACAUAAAUGUGACCCUCUUCUCUACUCAUCCUCUAGCCAGUCACUGAGGCAAACCAACUUAUUUACAUUUUCUGAGAGUUGUUCCAUCUAUAUUCUUUUUUAAUUUGAAUUCCCACCCAGAGGGGCAACCUACUUUUCUUCCGUGUUUACAUUUAACCGUUACCCACGCUGCUCACUGCACUUUUGAGUGGUGCGACGGCACUGGCCGUUUAAUUGUUAUCUUUUUUGAGACUGUCAGUCAGCUGAUCGUCGCGUCCGCCAGCUGGCUGCCUCCCCUCCCAAUGUGACAUACUCUGAUUGACGCCGGUCAGGCAGACGAUGUCGCCGCCGCUGAUGAGCCACCCAAGGAAGGGUCCCAACUUCAAAAUCUAGCCGCUGUCUGUCAUGUAUCCAUUGUGGAGUGCUUUGUUUACAUUUGCGGCAAUAACGACACUUGCUUUAUGGCAGCUAAGCCGAUACAAGCUAUUAGGCCGUUGUUUGAGCUCGCAUCCCCACGUGUGUGUUGUAUUGUGCCUAAGUCUUGUUAACCAAAUAAAGGCAGCAUUAACAAAAGUCAUCUGACCACUCGUCAUUUUACAGCUAACUCUGAGAGUUAGCAUUUGACAGCAUGCGUGGCGCGUACCUCUUUGCCAGCUGUUUGCCAGCCAUUCAUUCACCUGUGCAUUUGAUUGCUACUUUGUUACACUCCCGCUUUUUUCGGUGAGGUAUUUUGUGUUCAUUUGUUAUUGGAUCGUUUUUGUUCACCACUGUAAAUAAGAGCAUCGCAGCAGUAGAGGUAAACUGCCGUUUUUGUUCAACCUGUUCUGUUUUGUGUAGGAAGCCAGGGUAGUGGCUGUCUUUUUGUUAUUUCCUUUUCACGAUCAGGGUUUACUUAGCAGGUGGGGUUUAAGUGAAGUUUCAUUUUGUUUGUUGUUUUGGCCUAGGCUUACACUGCAGCCAGUUUCUUCCGCAUUUUGUAUAUUUUGUUCAUUGAGAGUUCGACUUGUGUGAAAAAAAUUGUGUCCACUUGCAACUUGUGUGUGUGGCUCGUUUUAUGUUACGCCCUUAGUGAGCCGUCCGUGGGACGUAACGGGGAGUAUGGGAUGCAUGAGAGGGUCAUUCCGCGCUUGCUUUAAAUAUUUUAACGUGAUUAAUUAAAGUAAUUACCUCCAAUUAACGUGCUAAAUUUGACGGCACAAAUUUAUAAAAAAUUAAAAGUUUUAAACAAUGUCAUG